AUGUGGUCUCCACAGCUUUCUCAUCAUCGAGCAAAGCACAGUGCCAGUGGGCCACCACACGCAUCUCUUCUGACAGGACGAAAUGACAAACUGCGGCAGCUGACCCACCAAUCACGGUGGAACGCCGGUCUCGUCGCGUGGGGCGUCGUGGCACGCUACAACGUGGCGCCACUGCCGACCUCCGCCCGCCUCCCUGGGAUCCUCUCCUCGAAAACCCUGGCGCCGCCACCCUACUCCGAUCCCCGUGCGGCGACGAAGCUCCAUCGCCGCGGCCGGAUUCGUAACCCCGCAUUCCCCGGUGCUGGUGCAGAAGCCCGCCUGAGAAAGGGUGGCCCCGCUUCCGGCGGAAGGAGGAGCGGCCCCACCACCCCCUUGCUUCGGUGGAAGUUCAACGAGGCACCCCCGCCGAAGCCCAGCCGGAAGGCCGAGAAUGCCGGCUCCAGUGAGGCACCGCCGCCUCUCCCAGGAGUCUCGGCGAGGAAGCUCGCGGCGGGGAUCUGGCAUCUGCAGCCUCUGGAUGCCGGUAGCGGCGUCCGCGGCGGCGGAGGAGAAGGCCGACGAACUCCUCCAUGUCUUGAGUUUGCUGGAUUUCCGAGUGCUGAAAUGGAGAAGGCAACUAAAUGGGACCCUGGCAGCUCAAUGACAUUGGAGGAGGUCUAUCGAUUCUACAAUCACCUGAAGGUUGUGGAACAUGAGGAUGUGAACACAGUGUCCAUUGUUUCGUCUCUCUGUACUGAGCUGGAAAAGGCUCAUGCCUGCAUCAGUGAGCUUGAGACAGAACGGAGAUCAGCAAAGAAAAAGUUGGAUCAAUUCUUGAAAAGCCUUGCUGAUGAGAAGGCAUCAUGGCAGAGCAGAGAGCACGAGAAGGUCCAGGCUAUAAUCGGGGCAAUGAAGGCUGACCUUGAUAGAGAGAGGAAAAGGCGGCAAAGGAUAGAGAUUGUCCAUACCAAGCUGGUCAAUGAACUCACUGAGACGAAGUUGGCUGCGAAGCAGCUCUUGCAGGACUAUAAAAAAGGAUGCAAAGCACGUGAGCUUGUUGAGGAGGUCUGUGAUGAGCUCACGAAAGAGAUUGGCGAAGACAAAGCUGAAAUUGAAUCACUGAAGAUGGAAGCAUUAAAUAUCCGAGAACAAGUUGAGGAGGAGAAGAGGAUGCUGCAGAUGGCAGAGGUAUGGCGAGAAGAAAGGGUUCAGAUGAAGUUAAUUGAUGCAAAGCUGACUCUUGAGGAGAAAUACUCGCAACUGAGGGACCUGGAAGCAGAGUUAGAAGCAUUUUUGGCUGCAAGGAUGGAUGCGGACAUGGAUGUUGCACUAAGGAGGGAAGCUGAGUUGCUUAAAGAAAAAGCAAACUCAGUUACUGUUGAAGAGAUAAAAGAGUUCUCUUACCAGCCACCACCUUCUUCAGAAGACAUCUACGCUGUUUUUGAAGAACCCCAACCAAGACAAGAAACUAAUGAAAGAGACAUUCAACUUUGCUGUAAUCAUAGCCCUAGAAGCCAUGCGUCCAAGGUUAACACGGCAAGUCCUGAGACAGAUGUCUUUCUAGGACAUCCAAUGAAGCAGCAUGAGUUGAUAGAUAGCGAUGAUGAUGUAGAAGAUGAUAGUGACUGGGAAACAGUGAGUCAUGCUGAGGAGCAAGGCUCAAGCAAUACACUUGAUGUGAGUGAACCAUCUGUUAAUGGUUACUGUAAAGAAAGCAAUGCUUCAGUGAGCGUAGCAGACUGGGAGGAGAAUGGAAACAACAGACUGAAUAACGAAAUCAUCAUGGAUUGUUCUGCAAAUGCAAUGUCAAGAAAAAAGGUGUCUUCAAUAUGUAGGCUUUGGAGAUCAUCAACACAUGAUAUUAUUGAAGACCUGAAGAGAACACCGGUUGAGGUGAAACCUGGGAGGCUUUCAGAUGGAAGGAUCUCCAAUGGAACCCGAGCUUCAACUAAUGGUGAAGAAUAUCAGAAACUUUCAGUUGAGCAUACAAAUGGAAUGAUCUCCAAAGGAACCUUGUCUCCUGACUUAGGGUUCGGUGAAGUUGGUUUAAGCCCAGGUAGCAUAACACAGUGGAGCUCUGCUGAUUCACUGAAUCUUCAUACGACUCGAGGAAUGAAAGGGUGUAUUGAGUGGCCACGAGGCAAACAUAAGUACAGUUUAAAGGCGCAGUUGAUGGAGGCAAGGAUGGAGAGUCAAAAGAUUCAGUUGCGGCAUGUCCUUAAACAGAAAAUUUAGCAUGUUCGUUAAUACAGGAUAUGAAGCGCCGAAAAAAGUGAAUACAUUCUUGCUCAUCAAGCAAAGAAUGUUUUCCUUUACUGAGGCUGUUUCGGACAGUCUCCAUGAAAGACUGAACACCUUGCUAUGGGAUGGGCUUCGUGGAACUUUAGCGCACAAUUUUUGUGGAACUUGUAUUCUGUUGUAUAUGCUGUCUGGACAACCAAAUUCUGAGUAAUGUCUUUGGAAGCACAAUAACGC